AUGCCCCUCAAGAUCAACUGCGCGCCUUCGUACACGCUUCAGACUGGCUCAAAUACCACCUAUGCCGGAACUGAAGGCAUCGAAGCGGCCCUCAUCGCCGCGGCACUCGACCAAGGAUAUAUUGUAAACAGCCCUGAUUGGGAAGGCCCCAAAUCUGUAUUCGUGGCUGGAAUCGAGGCAGGUCAGGCAAGUCUCGACAGUAUCCGUGCAGCAUCGAAGUCUGGAUCUCUAACAAGUAUUUCGCCCUUCGCAAAAGUCCAGAUGUGGGGAUACAGCGGAGGGGCUUUCGCUUCUGCGUGGGCUGCAGAGCGUCAAGCAUCCUAUGCUUCCGAGAUCCCCUUCGUUGCAAUGGCUAUUGGCGGUAUCACUCCAAACGUUGUCAAGGUCUUCGACACCCUCAACAAGGGAACUUUUGCUGGUAUCAGUGCCGCUGGAUUCCUGGGGUUGGGCAAUGCCUAUACGGACUUCGAUGCUUAUGUUCAGUCAAGCUUGAUUCCCGAGAGAGGCUGCUGCUUUCAACCAGGCUGGAUAUCUACUCUUACUUCAAGCAGGGACAGGCAAUCUUCGACACUAAACCCUAUCGUCAACACAACCAUUACCAACCGAGCCACCAUGGGACGCCACGGUACCCCAUCAAUGCCUAUCUUUGCUUACAAAGCUGUGGCCGGUGAGAUCUCUCCUAUUGCUGAUACUGAUGCGCUUGUGCAGCAGUUCUGCAAUGCAGGCGUCUCCGUCACAUAUGUCCGCGAUCCAUUCGGAGAGCACUUCACUCAGGCCGCCACUAGCACCGGCGACGUCCUCAACUUCCUCGCCGAUAGAUUUAAUGGUGUUUCCAUCUCAGGAUGCAGCAUUCGCAGCGAGUUUCUAGAUGCCCUUGACCCGGGUGCUCCCGGAAGACUCGGUGUUUCUCUUACACAGGUCCUCUUGAACGCCUUGGGUUAG